AUGGAAAGAGUCAGGGGUAAGGUUGCAUCAGAUGUUUCUGCUCAGAGAACAUAUCCUCAUCAGCAGUUUGUGCAGACCGGCUCCACACAGCCUCAACAGGGCAGUGACAUCCAGGAGCUGGCCUCCAAACGCGUGGACAUCCAAAAGAAGCGCUUCUACCUGGACGUGAAGCAGAGCGUACGCGGGCGCUUCCUAAAGAUCGCAGAGGUUUGGAUUGGCAGGGGGCGCCACGACAACAUCAGGAAGAGUAAGCUCACUCUCUCCAUGUCCAUGGCCCCGGCUUUGCGCUACUGUCUGGGGGAUUUCAUUGACUACUAUGCCAGGAUUGGACUCCGGGGCAGCCUCGCACCCUCCAACAGCGAGGACGCGCGCAGGAGACCACAAGAGCAGCUGUCCCCCACAGGGUCCGCCGCGUCUGAGGACCAGGCGCACCGUGUGCUCAAGAGCGAGUUUAUAGAACGGGACAACAGAAAGUACUUUUUGGAUCUGAAGGAGAACCAACGUGGCCGGUUCCUUCGCAUUCGGCAGACUGUCAGCAAAGGCUACGGCACUAUGGGCUACUACGGCCAGGGCAUAGAGCAGACCAUCGUGCUGCCCGCGCAGGGGCUCAUCGAGUUCAGAGACGCGCUGUCUCAGCUGAUCGAGGACUAUGGGGACGAAGACAGCGAGGACCGCGGCCUUGGAGCCAUCAAAAACCACGAAGAACAGCCCGAGCUCCCAGAAGCCGCGUCCUUCCGAGUGGACAACAAGAGGUUUUACUUUGAUGUUGGGUCCAAUCGGUACGGAGUGUUUCUAAAGAUCAGCGAGGUGCGGCAGCCGUACAGGAACACCAUCACUGUCCCGCUCAAAGCAUGGGCUCGCUUUGGGGAGAACUUCAUCAGGUAUGAAGAGGAAAUGAGACGUAUCUUUACGUGUCACAAAGAUAAGAGGACAGAUGUGCGCCAGGACAGCGAGGAGCAGGACGCAUGA